AUGGUGAUCCGGAAGAAGGAGGUAGAUGGGUUGCGCGUGGGCCCAUUCUCCAAGGAGGAGGAGAGCACCCUCCGCGGGGCAAUCGAGAACUAUGUGAAUGAGCAGUUUGGCGGCGACAAGGAGGCUGCCAUGCGCAAUCUGGUCACACAGCGCGGCAGGGAACCGUCCGACGCGCUCCUCAUUGGCAGGAGUGCGCUGCCGCACCGGCACCCGAAGUCGAUCUACAACUUCAUUCGCAGGCGCAUCCUCCAGCAGAAACUGGGCAGGUGGACCACGGAAGAGGUGUACAUGCUGCUGGAUCACUACUUCAAGAACGAGAACUCGCAGGACGACGAGUCAAAGAACAAGCAAAGGUGGCGAGGUGUAGCGCACCAGAUAAAGCGGCUCCCGGAGCAGGUCCACGACAAGUGGAAGGAAAUCCGGCCGCACAUAGACGUGUAUAGGCGCAUUUUUGAACAGGAUGACCUCAGCAAGGAGGAACGUCUGGACUUUAUUGCGCAGGUCUGCAGCGGCAAAAGCUACCCCGCGCAACAUCUGUGGAAAAGUGCGAACGGGGAGAGUCUCUCGGUCAGCGCGUCGAAGGGAGCGCCAAGCUCGAUCUCUGUUCAACGGAGCCAUCUGGACGAGGAGACGCGCAAACGCGUGCACGAAUACAUAGUGCAGCUCGUCGAAGACGGAACCAUUCGGCCGCCCGUUGUGUACAACAUCCCGUGGAUAAAAGUGCGAGAUAAAUUCACUGCGUUCUCGGAGUCUCAGAUCAGGCUUGGGUGGACGCUGACCACGUUUCCCGUCGCCAUCAAAAAACAUAACCCAGCGUUCAGCAAGCUGGUUGUCGCCCGGUGUGGCAUCUACCUGAUGUACAAGAGCCGGAAAAUACCCGACCGGCUGAGCCAUGUCGACUUCGCGGAUUGGUUCCCACAAUUACCGCAUUUGUACGUCUCGAUGUGCGUGAACUCGCUCCUGAACAAAUGCAUAUCGAGGUUCAGAAGGGGCACACUCCGGAACGCCGACGUGCGCUACGCCAAUGAGGCCGUUGUUAGCGGCGCCGACCUGUCCGCGUUGAAAAACGCCAAACCCCCGGAAAUCCAGUGCUCAAUCAAAGCCAUAGAGAACAAGGAACCUUCAAAGUGGAAAGAGUCCACGGCGUUCUUCAACGACGAAGGGACCAGGAACCUGCUCUCCGGGCACUGUCGGAGCGCUGGCUCCCGCUGGGUGGAGGUGAAGGGGGGGCGGUUGUACCUGUCGCUCAAACGGCAGAUCAAGCUGGCAUACUGCGAGACAAGGGCCGACAAGCACUUCGAGUCGGACAUGUCUAUUCUCGCAUCCAUCUCACCAUGCUCGUUGCCCACGAUGAGCGACGACGAUCCAUGGUGGGACUACUGGCAGCCAGACUCGCCGGAAACCACGAGCUCCAACUCACGCUUAGUGUAA